AUGCAACCAACAAAAUUCCACUGUUCACAGAAACAGGGCAUUUCGCGCAUCAACGUCAGCAACAUGUCGCAACCCAAGCUCACUCAGAAGUUUGCAGAAACCUUUGAGCAGGAACUGGAGUUCAUACAAAAAGGGACCUCAACCGAGGAAAGCACUGCCCUGGAAGCCUUUGGUAAAAGAACAACAAAGACAACAGACUGGUUCGAGGCAAAGUCCUCUGUGAUGAUUCCUGCCAUAGAAUCCAAACGUAUAGCUUUGGAGGAAUACAAAAGAACACCAAGUCAGAAGAACCUUCUGACUCUAAGAGCUGCCAGAGAAAAGUCCAGCGGAUGGUUAGACUCUGUGCAAAUGAAUACUGGCAAGAACUCAUCGAGACCAUCCAGACAACCGCUGUAUCUGAACACUGUGACUGUCUCAGCCCUGGACGCCAUUGAGUGCCUGCCAACCAUGGAUGAACUUGAUGUAGAACCAACAUUAGAAGAACUAAGUAAGGCUAUUGACAACCUGACCUCAGGAAAAGCUCCUGGUAACGAUAGAAUCCCUCCAGACUUGCUAAAACAGUGCAAAAGCUCACUGUUGUCACCCCUACAUAAGGUUCUAGGUGAGUGCUGGGAAGAUGGGAGCGUGCCACAAGACAUGGGAUGCAAAGAUCGUCACCCUCUACAAAAACAAGGGAGAAAGAAGCGACUAGUAACAGUGCGGCUUUCGCUCAAAGAGGUCAUAAUCAGCACCUUGCUGUACGGUAGCGAGUCGUGGACAACGUAUUCCAGGCAGGAAAGAAAGCUCAACACCUCUCAUCUGCGAUAUCUGCGCCGCAUCCUGGGCAUUUCGUGGCAGGACAAGGUGCCUUACACCGAAGUCCUGUCUCGGGCGAACCUUCCAAGCAUGUUCACUUUGCUUCGACAACGCAGGUUACGCUGGCUCGGGCAUGUGCGUCGAAUGGAUGACGGACGUAUUCCCAAGGACAUCUUGUAUGGAGAAUUGAGAUCUGGGAAACGAAGCACUGGGCGCCCACAACUUCGAUUCAAGGAUGUCGUAAAAAGAGACAUGAAGGCCCUUGAUAUCGACGUGCGAUCUUGGGAAGACCUAGCAGCAGAUCGACCCAGAUGGACGUCCACACUACUUAGACAGAUCAAGUCAGGGGAAGAAAGCUUGUGCACGCAGGAGAAAACAAACGCGCACAACGAAAGCAGCGCCUAA